AGCCGGAAGCGCCGGCGGGGUCCACGCUGUUGCGUGCGCUUGGGCUUUUCUCGGAGAGUUUGGACCGCGGAGACAUUUUCGUCCCGCACCGCGAUGCUGACCCCAGCGUUCGACCUAAGUCAGGACUCCGACUUCCUGACCAUUGCCAUCCGCUUGCCCUACGCCCGGGUCUCGGAGUUCGACGUCUACUUCGAGGGGGUCGACUUCAAGUUCUACGCGAAGCCGUACUUUCUCAGGUUAACCCUUCCUGGAAGAAUUUUAGAAAAUGGAAGUGAGCAGGGGUCCUAUGAUGCAGAUAAAGGAAUUUUUACCAUUCGACUGCCCAAAGAAACUCCUGGCCAGCAUUUUGAAGGGCUGAACAUGUUAACUGCUCUUCUGGCACCAAGAAAAUCCAGGACAGCUAAACCACUUGUGGAAGAAAUGGGUGCUUCUGAAGAUUCUGAGGAAGUAGAACAUGAUGACGAAGAGUUUGACUGGGAGAUUGAACAGACUCCCUACGAAGAGGUAUCUGAAAGUACUUUGCAUCCACAGUGCCGCUAUGGAUUUGGAAACUUGCGGUCAGGAGUGGUUCAGCGAUUGCAGGAUGAAUUGAGUGAAGUUAUUGAUAUUAAGAAUCCAGAUGACACCCCUGCAGCUGAACGAAGGCAGAAACGCCUUGCUGCGGAGCUGGCCAAAUUCGAUCCUGAUUAUUAUUUAGCUGACUUUUUCGAAGGUGAGGCAGUUGAACAGAUUUUGAAGUACAGUCCUUGGUGGAAUGAUACAUAUUCAAAAAUGCUGGCCUCCUUUGAAGAUAGUCAGGAGCAAGAAAUUCAUGCUGUAUUAGUGUCUUUUUCUGAGGAAGAGAAAUAUCAGCUGCGAAAGUUUGUCAAUAAAUCUUACCUGUUAGACAAGACAGCUCAUCAUCAAGUGUACUACAGUUUAAUUGAUAUUCUUCUGGCGUACUGCUAUGAGAUCCGUGUCACUGAAGGAGAGAGGAGCGUUGAGUCUGCAUGGAGCAUCAGAAAACUGAGUCCAACACUGUGCUGGUUUGAGACUUGGACUAAUGUUCAUGAAAUUCUGGUGGCUUUUGGAAGAAGAGUUUUAUGCUACCCACUUUACCGCCAUUUUAAGCUGGUAACAAAGGCCCACAGAGACACUGUAAAGAUACUGCAGCUGGGUAAAAGUGCAGUUUUGAAGUGUCUCCUGGAUAUCCACAAAAUAUUUCAGGAAAACGACCCUGCUUACAUUUUGAAUGACCUCUAUAUCUCAGACUACUGUGUGUGGAUUCAGAAAACAAAGUCCUUGAAGGAUGCAAGUUGUCUUGGCUCUGGCGGCUCCUGGACAUGUGACCUUGGGCUGAUUUCUGAAGCCUCAGCCUCCUCAUCACCGGUAGGGAGUAGCGGGCUUUCUACCUUACCAGUGCACACUGCACACUGCACUUCCUCACCGGGGCCUUCUCAGGUUCCAGAUGCACACAUCGCUUGCUCUUGCAGGAUAGCAGUGCCAGACAUUAGUGCCGCCCCAAGCAGCCAGUGCCUGGGAAGCUGGUUUUGGAGGUCUGGAGCUGGACGUGGGAGUCCGUCGGCAGAGCUGACUCCUUCCGGGGCAUCACAGCAGCGUGUUUCCCUGACUUGCCAGCUCCUGGGCAGCCCCUUCCUCAUACUACAACCUGUUCCCUGGUUACGUCUCCUCUCUUUGCCUUUCUCCUCCUGCCUCCCUGUUAAUAAGAUCCUUUGUGGUUGCACUCGGUCCACCUCAUAAUCCAGGAAAAUGUCUCCAUCUUAAGAAUCUUCAUUUAAUCACGUCUUCAUUGUCCCCUUUACCAGAUAAGAAAACAUAUUCCCCAAUCCCUGGCGUUAGGAUGUGACCAUCUUUAGGGGAAAGCGGAGUGAGGAGGCAUGUAACUAACAUAACCAAUAUGAAAGUAUGUAGCAUAGGGCCAGGCACAUAGUGAGCAUUCAGUAAAUGUCACCACUAUCAUUUGGGCCCCAUCUACUAGUGCUCAGCACAUGCAUGGUGCUAAGACUACCAGAGUGAUCCAAACAGAUGGGACACCUGCCUUUGUGCAGCCUAUUCAGUCUCCUCGGGGUCUUAUUUGGACUCUCAAAUUCUUAAACACAAUGGAAUGUUUAAAUCCACUGCACAUACGCUCCAUAGUUGUAUCCAUCAGCCGUGUAACAAACGACUUCCAAGCUUACUAAUUCAAAACCUCUUUGGCUCUCAAUUUUAUAAGUCAUCAAACUCAGUUCUUCUGGGCUGGGCUUCCCUGGGGCCAGCUGAACUGCUGGUUUAUAAUGGUUUGGGCUGGAAUGAAUGGGGUCUCUCUCCACGUGGUUAUCAUCUCAAAGACUAGUCCAGGCUUGAUUGUUGAUGGAAAGAAGAAAGAAGCAACGAGAGUAGGAAAGUCUCUGAAGUUCUAGGCUCAGAACCGACACGUGGUUACACCUGCCACUUCCAGGGAUCGACAGAGAUCACAAGGUCAGCCAUGAUCCAAGGAAUACAGAAAUAAACUUCAUCUCACGGUGGGACAGGUACAUGGUAUAGUGGCCACAAAGACACUGCAGGGAAGGGAACAGAGGGGAGAAGGCAGGAUCUCCUAAUUACCAAAGGAGAAUUUGCCCUGGAAAGAUCUUCUGCAUCCUGCCCAGGAGUGGCCAUAAAGGUCUAACUAUUCUCGUGCCCUCCCUCUGAGAAGGGCAUCACAUUAGCGUAUUUCUUUAUCCAUACACUCAAAUCCCAGGCCCCCAGAUCUCUAUUUUAAGUGAUAGCUCUUGUUUCAGCAGCACAUAUACUAAAAUUGUAAAGGACACUAUUAAGUCCUUAACAAGGAAAAGUCAAGUUCACCAAGCUCUCCUCUGUCUUCUGGAAACUAGUAGGACAAGCGAGGCACAUACACCAAAAAUUGACAGAGUAUCAGAACAUCAAAUUCCUUUAAAACAGAGAUUUCUAUUUGCCACUGACAUGUGAUUGAAAAAAGUGAGAUACAGUUAAUCCAAUCCUAACACAAAAAUUUAAAGAGAAAACUACUUAUUCAUAUGUAGGCUAGGAAAACCACCAGAAAGACACAUAUACCACAGAAUUAACAGCAGGUGGACAU